AUGUUAACUACACUUACCCUGAUACUAGUGUUAACGGCGGGCACGUGUAUGUCCCGAGUGGUGGAGUGCCCGCACACUCAGGAAAUAGUGGGCGGGGAUGACGCCAAACGUGGGGACAAUCCCCACAUGUGUUCACUACAAUACGAAGGGCGCCACUGGUGUGGCUCAGCCAUCAUAAGCGGGGAAUGGCUGCUCACGGCUGCCCAUUGUCUUAAAGGGGUGGACAUAAACAAACUAACUGUCCGAUGUGGUACACUACUACACGCUACCCGAGGUAGGGUCUACCCAAUUAGCCAGGCCAUUAUUCAUGAAAACUUUGACGAGUACGGUGACAACGAUAUUGCCUUGCUCAAAAUCAAUGACGAGUUUCAACUAGGCACUCGGGACAUGAACAAAAUUAAUUUACCUGACCAAGGCACAGAUAUUGCACCAGGGUCAGUGGUAACAGUGAUUGGCUGGGGUUACCUUGAUUACAGCGGCACUGACCUGGCACCUACAUUGCAAACCGUGGACGUGCCGGUUGUCGAGAGAUCUAAAUGUGUAUAUCAGUACCGGGAGUAUAAUCACGUGACCGACAAUAUGAUUUGCGCAGGGUUAGAUGUCGGUGGUAAGGAUGCUUGCCAAAGUGAUUCAGGUGGUCCGGUAAAAUUCAAUAACGUAUUGGUGGGCAUAAUAUCAUGGGGUCACGAAUGUGCUAGACCACUUUUGCCAGGAGUUUAUACACGAGUGGGCAACUAUCGUAAUUGGAUUAGGACAAAUUCCGGUGUUACAUUAUGUUUAUGUUUACCUUGUUCACAAUCUCGUCAUCCACAUAAGCCAAAUAUUGUAGGGGGAUCGGUGGCUAAACCUGGUGAUAAUCCCCACAUGUGUUCAUUACAAUAUAAUGGUAAACACAUGUGUGGUUCUGCUAUUAUUAGUGGGGAAUGGCUACUAACUGCUGCCCACUGUAUUAAAGGCUUGGACGUAACAAAACUAACUGUUCGAUGUGGCACACUAUUACAUGCAUCACCUGGUAAAGAUUAUACAAUUAGCCAGGCAAUUCAACAUGAAAACUUUGACCAAUACGGCGAUAACGACAUUGCCUUGCUCAAAAUUACUGGUCAAUUUGAGCUAGGAACACAAGACAUUAACAAAAUAAACUUACCUGAGCAAGGCUCAGAUGUACCAGCUGAGACCCUGGUCACAUUAACUGGUUGGGGUUAUCUAAACUUUACUGGCAAAGAUUUAUCACCUACAUUACAAACAGUGGACGUACCCGUAGUGGACAGACCUAAAUGUGUUAAUGAGUAUAAGGACUAUAACCCUGUUACCGAAAAUAUGAUAUGUGCAGGGUUAGAUGCCGGUGGCAAGGAUGCAUGUCAAUACGAUUCCGGUGGCCCAGUUAAAGUGAGCAAUGUACUGGUGGGCAUAAUAUCGUGGGGCAAUGAAUGUGCUAAGCCAUUGUAUCCCGGUGUUUAUACCAGGGUUGGUAAUUAUCGCGAUUGGAUUAAAACAAAUACUGGGGUCCAUGUUUGCGCCCCAUAUCUAUGUUCAUUGCACAAUAAUGGCCAACACUUUUGCGGUGGUGUUAUCAUCAAUGAACAGUACGUACUAUCGGCUGCUAAUUGUAUUAAUAGUCUAGAUUUGUUUCAAGUGACUAUCCAAUGUGGUUUACAUAAUAAAGAUUUCAAUGUUAGCCAGGUUAUUUUGUAUGACACAUUUAAUCAAAUCAGUGAGCAUAAUAUCGCCUUGCUCAAACUAGAUGGACUACUCGAAUUAGGCACUAAUGACACCGAUAAAAUAGACUUACCUGAGCAAGGUUCAGAUGUUCCUGCUGAUACCAUUGUCACAUUAACUGGGUGGGGAUAUACAGGGGAUUUAUCACUUAAUUUACAAACAGUGGAAGUACCUGUAUUGGACAGACUUGAUUGUAUCACCCAGUAUAAUUCAUAUAAGAUUAUCACUGAAAAUAUGAUUUGUACAGGGUUACAUGUAGUUGGUGAUGAUAUUUGUAACUAUGACAUUGGUGGUCCCGUCAUAAUGAACAAGCUAUUAUAUCAUGGGGUAAUGAAUGUGCCAGUCCAUUAUACCCCGGUGUAUUUACAAAAGUUGGCAACUAUCGAGCAUGGAUUACAACAAAUUCAGAUUAAUAUUGUAGGGGGUAGUGAUGCCCAACCGGGGGCUAACCCUCACAUGUGUUCCCUACAGUUGGACGGCAAACACGGUUGCGGUGCGUCCAUAAUCAGUGCCCAAUGGGUGGUUACGGCUGCACAUUGUGUCAGUGAACAUGAUCCAGCACAAUUUAUACUGCGUUGCGGUACAUUGAAACACGCUGAGCCGGGUACUGACUUUAAUAUCGCCGAAUUCAUAGUACACCCUGAAUUCAACCAUGGUGCUUACAUGGACAACGAUAUUGCAUUAAUCAAACUCGCUAGCGAAAUACCGUUAGGUACAGGUAGCAUGGACAAAAUUUCACUACCUGACCAAGGUUCAGACUUGGAGCCUGGUGCUAUGAUAACAGUGACCGGGUGGGGAUACCUUCAAAGUGGAAGUGGUGUUAACGCCGAUAACCUGCAAACGGUUGACUUACCGGCAGUUUUGAGGACUGACUGCGUGAAUGACUACCCUUUCCAUGAUAUCACGGAUAAUAUGUCGUGUGCCGGAUAUGACGAGGGUGGUAAGGAUUCGUGCACGAAUGAUUCAGGUGGACCGGCUAAAUAUAAUAAUGUGCUAGUUGGUAUCGUGUCAAUGGGGUUUGAAUGCGCUAAACCACAUCAGCCGGGUAUAUAUGCCAGGGUGGGACAGUAUAGGAAUUGGAUUCGGGAAAAUUCUGGAGAGGUAGAGAUGCUCAACCAGGUGAAAACCCCCAUAUGUGCUCGCUACAAUAUCAAGGAAAUCACUAGCCAGUACGCCGUAACAGCCGCCCAUUGUGUCAGCGGGCGCGCACCCGCCAACUACAAACUUCGUUGUGGUACAUUAAAACACGCUGAGCCGGGUACUGAUUUUGAAAUUUCCGAUAACAUAGUCCACCCGGAAUUCAAUUACGGCGCUCAAAAUAACAACGACAUUGCCCUGAUCAAGUUUACUACCGAGAUACCACUUGGCACUAGGAUAAUGGAUAAAAUAGCCUUACCUGAUCAGGAUUCAGACAUGGAGCCUGGUGCAAUGAUAACUGUCACGGGUUGGGGUUACCUUAUAGAUGGCAGUGGCGUAGACUCAGAUACUUUACAGACAGUGGACGUACCGGUAGUUUAUAGGGCUGACUGUGCCAAUGAUUACUCAAUGUAUGAUAUCACGGAAAAUAUGUCGUGUGCCGGGUAUGACCAGGGUGGUAUGGAUGCUUGUACGGAUGAUUCAGGUGGCCCGGCUAAAUACAAUGGGGUAUUAGUGGGUAUUGUAUCAUGGGGACUGGACUGUGCCAAACCACACCAACCUGGUGUGUAUACCAGGGUGGGAAAGUACCGCAAUUGGAUUAGGGAUAAUACUGGG